UGGAUAAAUAUGGAAAUGAUGGAUUAGGACGGUGUGGAUUUGUAGGUUUGACAGAAAUCGAUUCCGAAGUACGAUUUUACUGGAAUGAAUUUUUGAGAAUUGGUCCUGAUAUUUAUACGAUUAUGUCAAAGCGAUAUCACUCAUUUUGACCUUAUAUGUGUAGUAUAUACAAGAUGAACAGAGAUUCUCGCCCUGGGAAGUACUUCUUGACUCGAAGAGAUUUCCCUCCAGGAUGCGGAAGCCAUGCCCGAGCAAAUGUUUCACACAAUGACAGACAUGAUUCUGCCAGGGAGAGAGUGAUCGCGACUCUCGAGCUCUUUAGAGAUAUUUGUCACAAGCUGUUUCGGGAAAAAUCAGAAGCAAGCAAGGAGAGUGCGACCAUUAGGAGGAUAGAUUUACAUGCCGCGAAAGAAGUCAAGAAAAAAAUGGGAUACGUCCACGGCGCCAAGCGAUUUAUUGGAGACGUUCCCGGAGUAGAGGCGGGAGACAAAUUCCAUUACCGGAUAGAACUCGCUGUUGUUGGGCUCCAUCGCCCUCCUCGGGGCGGCAUCGAUUACAUGGGACCUCACCCAGAAAUCCUAGCAACAAGCGUUGUCGCUUCCAGGGAUUAUGCGGAUGAUCUGAGAAAUCCUGAUGAGCUGGUUUACUUGGGCCAGGGUGGAAUGCCUGGUCGUGACAAGAAAGCUGAAGAUCAGAAGCUUACUCGAGGGAAUCUAGCUCUAGCGAACAGCAUGAAGAGAAACAAGCCAGUGAGAGUGAUCCGUAAGGAUAGGGAUCACACCUUCACGUACGACGGACUGUAUGCGGUGGACAGGUGCCGGGAGAUACGUAGAGCGACUGGCAAGACGGUCUUCGAAUUUGUAAUGAAGAGACUACCAGGCCAACCUGAGACUCUCCAGGAGAAGAAGAAGAUGGAAGUACUCGAAUCAUCCGGAUAGGAAGA